GGAAGGUAGAGAGAGGCUGCUGAGGAGCACAUCCUGCUGGGUCUGAGCUUUCAGAGGAGCUCGGUCUGCAUGCCGGCAAGGGCACCCUCAGACCUUCUCUUGCCUUGAGGGCACUAGCUGAGUGGGUGCUGUAGCUCCGGAGCUGGUGCCCCUGGGACUCACGCCCACCUUCGCCGCAUUCAUCAAUAUGGAAGAUGAUAAUUACUACUAUGCGGCCGACAACCAGUCGGAAUGUGAGUACGAAGACUGGAAGUCCUCUGGGGCCCUCAUCCCUGCCAUCUACCUUCUGGUCUUCCUUCUAGGCACCACGGGCAACGGCCUGGUGCUCUGGACCGUGUUUCGGAGCAGCCGGGAAAAGAGACGCUCAGCUGACAUCUUCAUUGCCAGCCUGGCAGUGGCCGAUCUGACCUUCGUGGUGACUUUGCCCCUGUGGGCCACCUAUACCUACCGGGAGUUUGAUUGGCCCUUUGGAACCUUCUCUUGCAAGCUCAGCAGCUACCUCAUCUUCGUCAACAUGUACGCCAGUGUCUUCUGCCUCACCGGCCUCAGCUUUGACCGAUACCUGGCUAUAGUCAGACCAGUGGCCAACGCUCGGCUUAGGCUGAGGGUCAGCGGGGCUGUGGCCACAGCCGUGCUGUGGGUGCUGGCUGCCCUUCUGGCCGUGCCUGUAAUGGUGUUCCGUUCCACUGCUAGUACAGAAAACGGCACCAAGGUCCAGUGUUACAUGGACUACUCCAUGGUGACUACCCCAAGCUCAGAGUGGGCCUGGGAGGUGGGCCUGGGGGUGUCCUCCACGGCUGUCGGCUUCGUGGUACCCUUUACCAUCAUGCUGACAUGUUACUUCUUCAUUGCCCAAACCAUUGCGGGCCAUUUCCGGAAGGAGCGCAUUGAGGGCCUGCGGAAGCGACGCCGGCUGCUCACCAUCAUCGUGGUGUUGGUGGUGACCUUCGCCCUGUGCUGGAUGCCUUACCACCUGGUGAAGACGCUCUACAUGCUGGGGAAUUUGCUGCACUGGCCCUGUGACUUUGACAGCUUCCUCAUGAACGUCUUUCCCUAUUGCACCUGCAUCAGCUACGUCAACAGCUGCCUCAACCCCUUUCUCUACGCCUUUUUUGACCCUCGGUUCCGCCAAGCCUGCACGUCUAUGCUUUGCUGCGACCAGAGCAGGUGCAAAGGCAGCCCUCACAGCAGCAGCGGGGAGAAGUCAGCCAGUUAUUCUUCCGGGCACAGCCAGGGCCCUGGCCCCAACAUGGGAAAGGGAGGAGAGCAGAUGCAUGAGAAAUCCAUUCCCUAUAGUCAAGAGACCCUGGUGGACUAGGGCUGGGGCCAGAGAGAAGUCUGCUGCCUUGGGUCUGACCCAAACGUUACCCUCACGCUCUGAGAACCAGGUAGCAUGGUUGCACCUUCUCCCUGACUGACCCCUGGCUCCAUUCCCUGCUUCCCGGCUCCAAGCUCUUGUCUUGCCGACUUUUUCCUCAGAUGUUUGUGGUUUAGAAGGAAGAGAUGGAGCCUUGCAAACAGACUCUUGCUCAGCUGAUCAGUAUUCCCAAGGCUCGCACAAGUCUUCCGUCCUCUCUAAGACUCAGUUUUUUUGUUUGUUUGUAUUAAAUGGGGGAAAGUUAUAUGGACCCUAAAACGUUGAAGUAUGAA